AUGGACGAAAGUUCAUGCAUUAUUCAUUUCACGGGAAAAGGCGGGCAAAUAAAAUCUUUAACCACUGAAACAUUAACGAAAAUAAUCGAACGAAGAAAACAGUGGCUGAAUCUCCCUGAAAAAUACGGAGAAUUCAGCGAUGUUGCGGAGAAAACGUACGCUCAUAUCCCUGCCAACAAAGAUGAGGUAUGUGAACAUGACGAAAAACUUGGUUAUCAUGUUUCUUGCUAUCGAAAUUUUACUGACAAAACCAAGCUUGAGAGAGUGGAAUCAACGCUCGCGAAUUUAAAGAGAAAGAAAGACGAAUGUGAAAACCAAGACGAUGAUCCUGUUCCCCAGAAAAGGACACCGACAAGGCAGUCGUCCCGAAUUCAAAAACAAAGCUGUUCCCCUACUAUAUCUAUUUCUGUUCGUGGAAAUAUUCUACCGAAAAGGUGCUUGGUUUGUAAAAAAGCAAAACCUAUUAGUGUAUUUGAACCAGUGAGUAUAGUGAAACAUUGUUUUUAUUUAUUACUUCAAAUAUAAGAGAGGUGAUCUGAGAUUGUUCUUAUUAUAAAGCCCGAAUCAAGUGAGAGCGGAGGAUCGCAAGUUGGCAGUCAAGAUUUACUAUCGUAACAGUCGUUUUAGCAUUAACAAAAUAACUGCUUCGUGAUUUCCAACUAGCGUGAUUGCCAACUUGCGUUCUCGUUUGAUUCAGGCUCUAAUUAUAGUUUCCAUUUUUGUAGCACUCGCGAAAGUAUAAAAAACAGUUCCUAUCAUUGGCACAAACAAUUACGGCAGGAGCACUACAAGAAGCAGCCAAACUACAUAAUGACACUGAUUUGCUUCGUGAAAUUGCAGGGAAAGACUGUGUUGCAAUUGAAGCACGGUAUCAUAAAAAGUGCUAUUUACAGUAUACAAAGAUUUUAACGCGCAAGAUCAAACCUAUUGGUGCAACAGUUUAUGACAAUGCGUUUGACAUUUUUUGUGCUGAAAUUAUUGAAGAAAGAAUUGUUGGUAACAAGGAAAUACUUCUUCUCAGCUAUUUGCUGGUGGAAUUUAUUAAGAUUGUCAAAAAAUUGAAUGGAGAAACUAUUGUGUACCAAUCAACUAGGUUGAAGAAUAGGAUCCAAGCGCGUUAUCCAAAUAUUGUCUUCCAUUCAUCAAAGAUGAUGAACAAAGGUAUUCUCAAUCCUGUAGCCAAAUUCAGCUGACAAUAUAAACAAAUCCUUCAUUAUUUUGUUUUUUCUUGAUCCCUGUAUUGGGUUUUGGAGAUGUAUAUUUUUCAGUUUUGUUUUUUAAAGGUAUCCUUGUGUAUGCAGAUUGCGUUGUUACAGGAGAUGUAGCUGAUGAAGUGAUGGAUACAAGUAAAGAUGAAGACACAGAUGAAGAGGAUGAAAAUAGUGAUGAAGGCUGCCGCAUGAGUACAAAUUAUGACCCAGAUGAGAUGUUUGAUUGCCCUUUGUCUCAGUUGUUUUAUGUUGCAAUGAACUUAAAAAAUCUUCUUAAUAAUAAUAAAGGGAUGAGUGUAGUUUGGCCACCCGACUCGCAUGACCUAUCAAUGGAAGAAGCAACCAAAUCAAUCCCCUCUAGAUUGUUUAAUUUUAUUGCUUGGAUGUUAGGAUUUUCAGUUGAACCAGUUGAAGAGAGUAAGGUAUCCAUAAGUGAUAGCGAAACUUGUAAGGUUGUUUCGAUUGCACAAGAUCUCGUUUAUAUAGCGUCAAAAGGAAAAAAGUUUACGCACAAGUCACUAGCACUCGCAAUGGCCACUCGCCACAUUACUGGUUCUGUUAAGCUUGUUAAGAUUCUCCAUGGUUUAGGGCAUUGUGUUUCUCCAGCAACAGUAUAUAAACAUGACUCAGCGUUAGCUUUAAGUUGUAAUAAUACUGAUCAGAAUUUAAUUAUUCCCAGGAAUAUAAAUCCAGGAUCAUUUUCAACCAUAAUAUGGGACAACAAUGAUUUUAAUGAGGAGACAGUAUCGGGAAAAGGAACUACUCAUGUUGCCAAUGGUAUAAUUGUGCAAACAAAAUCCAAUGACACACCAUUAUUACCGAAAAUAGAAGUUAGCAAAACAGUACGCACCUAUCAAACCUCCAGAGACAGAUAUUCUUCCUUAUUUGUUGGUCAAGAAAGGACUGCCGUCUUUAUUCAGUCACAAAGACGAAUUAGUCUUGGAUAAUAAGAGUCAUCGCCAACAUCAGAGUGAUGGAAGAAUAUUUGAUUUUGCAUAUAUUUUGUCCAAAUUACACCCUGCACCCAAUGGAGUAAUCUUACCAAGCUGGACAGCGUUCAACACCAAGACAAAUCCGACUAUACCAACGCAGGCAACUAUUGGAUAUUUACCUGUUAUUGAUGCCUCCGUGACAGAUUUAGCAACCGUUGUCUUAAUUCGGAGUGUCUUAAUUUGCAAAGAACUGCAGCAACCACAGAUUGUGCUGGUGUUCGACAAGGCAAUAUACGCGAAAGCACAAAUGAUUCGAUGGAAUCAUGAAGAAUACCUCAAUAAGACUGUCAUUAGAUUAGGUGAUUUCCACACUGUGAUGUCGUAUUGUACUGGAAUAUCCAAAAUUUUCAAGGAUGCAGGCUUAACGGUAUAUAAUUACAUAAUAUAGUGACAGGUUUAUAUUAAAUAUCUUGCUGUAGAUUGUUGACAGUACAUUUGACUAUAUUCAUGAUGUCUUGUAUUUAACCUAGGACAUUUUCAUUGAAUCUGGAAUUGUUGCUCCUGGAUCCAUUACUGGUGUUCUUUCUGGGAAUCACUAUAACCGCUGUGUCAGAGCACAUAAGUUGGUUUACGAGGCAUUACAACGAAUGAGAUUACAAACAUACAUUAAUUCAUUAUUUGAAUCCGAAUCCGAAGAAUUUUUUUCCCAUUGUCAGCUUCUCACAGAGUGUUUUGAAAAUGAUACGUUCAAAGAGUUUUGCCUCGAAACCAAUACAUUAGACGAGUUAUAG